CCCCGCCCCGUUCUGUUCUGCAGCUUCGCUGCUCCGCUGUGCGUGCGAGGGACGUCGGGGGCGGCGCCUCAGUUAGUUGCCCCUGGUAACGGGGGUGGCAGGAGGAGGAGGAGGGACUCUGCGGGAGGAUGGGCUUACUCUCAAUUCUGCGUAAAUUGAAAAGCGCACCAGACCAGGAGGUGAGACUCCUUCUCCUGGGCUUGGACAAUGCUGGCAAGACCACCCUUCUGAAGCAGCUCGCAUCUGAAGACAUCAGCCACAUCACGCCGACACAGGGUUUUAACAUCAAAAGUGUGCAAUCACAAGGUUUUAAACUGAACGUAUGGGACAUUGGCGGGCAGAGGAAAAUCAGACCAUACUGGAGGAAUUAUUUUGAAAACACUGAUAUUCUUAUAUACGUCAUUGACAGUGCAGACAGAAAAAGAUUUGAAGAGACGGGUCAGGAACUAGCUGAAUUACUGGAGGAAGAAAAGCUAAAUUGUGUUCCGGUGCUCAUCUUUGCUAAUAAGCAGGAUUUGCUCACGGCAGCCCCCGCCUCAGAAAUUGCAGAAGGACUGAACCUGCACACCAUCCGAGACCGAGUCUGGCAGAUCCAGUCCUGCUCAGCUCUCACAGGAGAGGGCGUUCAGGAUGGCAUGAACUGGGUCUGCAAAAAUGUCAUCGCAAAGAAGAAAUAAAAUCUGGACGAAUGGAAACGCAGGAGCUUCGGGAGCUGAAUUCUGUCCUGAAAAACACUAAUUUGCUGCUUUCUGACCAAAUGUUUUUCCAUCUGUGUACAGCCACAGCUGUUUGAGGAGGGAACAACACAGUUUAAAAAGAAUCCCCAUUCCAGCAGUAGAUUUAACUGAUCUCUGAGGUUCAGUAUCAUUUUUCAAAUAAAGGAAUUAUAUUAUUUCCUCUGCAUAAUUGAAAUAGUAUUAAAUGUCUCAAAGCACAUGAUUAGAAAAUGAGAUCUUUUAAAUGAGCAAGAGAUUGCAUUGCAGUUCAGACAAUUCCAGUGGGCUUUUUUUUUUUCUUUCAAAAAGAGGAAGAAGCAGCUUAUGCUGCACUCACUAAUUUACUGACCUGUCCCUGACGUUCUCCCCAUGGUUUUGAAAACCUGGACCGUGUCUGCUGGUGCUGGGCAGUGAUUUUUACCAUCGACUGAGCCAGGGCUGCAUUCUGUCCGCAGGGAAGCUGCUGGGGGGAAGGGAAGGAAGAGCAGAUGAUUAAACCAUCUUGUCAUGCAGGUAGGAGACUGUAUGUAAUCCUCACCCUUUGGAAAUGGGGGAAAAAAAAAUCCUUCCUUGAAAACAAGUCACCACAUAAACAUACCCCAUCCCCAGCCCCCCAGCCAGCCACACAGGGAAGCAAAUUCUUAACGACUUUCGACUGUAAUGACAUCUGGAAUGUAAGGAGAGGUGGGAGGUUUAAUUCCAGAAAAAUUACAAGGUCCUUAGAAAGCCCUCACACCGAGGGCUCAGGCUAGCGCGAACAGGCUUUCUCCAGUUCAGUGGAGCAGGGAGCAGCCAACUCUGAGAUUAGCUGGCUUCUCCGUGGCAGUCCUAUAGAAGAGAUUUCUAAAGCUCAAAGAAGUCUGUGUUUAAAUGAUCACAAUAGGCCGCUGCUAUCAGAUUUUUAAAAUAAAUGCAGCCGGACUAUGAACCUGCCGCACUGAGCAAAGGCAGGCAGAUCGAUUCUGAGAGAUCAAUUUUUACGGUGCUGGCAACUUGGUGUGGGCCGCCUGUGGGUGGAGGUGGUUUGUUGCUGGGCAGAGCAUGUGUGACCGCGGGGGCCAUUCCCAGGGAAGCAUGUCACCCUGGCUGCUGGUCCCCACUGCCUCUCUCCAGCAAAAUGUGUCCUCUGUUGAUUGAUUGGAGAGGACUGGCAGGAGACUUCUCCUGCCCCGUGUUGCAAAAAGAGCUUGUUUCCCUGAGUCUUAAGAAAUCCCCAGCUUCAAACAUGAAAGCCGGCCAGAGCAUCAGCCAGCUCCUGAAUUGAACUCUGUUCUGGUGCCUGAGCUGAGGGGUUUUCAGAGAAUGAAUAAGAGACUGUCUCUGGGCUGGCUGGUGGGCCUCAGGAGGCCAACGGCCUUCUCACCCCGGGAGGUAGCGCUUCCCAGACCCACCCAGGCCUGUGAGCAGACCAGAGAGGCCGCUCCAGCCCCUCUGCACCCAGCUUUUCUGCACGGAGUCAUGCAGGUGAGGCUGACGCAGGUCCAGCUUCAAAGGCGUUCUGGGGGGAAAGUCAUCAAUGCAGACACGAAAAGGCGCCCCAGGGGUGCCGUGGACAGACCUGUAAAGACUUGUAAAACAAAAGAAGGUGAGGUGGUGGUAAAACUGCUGAGCUAGCUGCUCCCUGCUGCCUCCUCUUCUGGCUGCUCUGUCUUACCCAAGUGCCGCUCUCACUCCGAACGGAGGCAAGCAGAAUUACAAGAAACUGAAACCCCCACCCUGUCAGGCUGCGAAUGUGGCUGGAGCACUUGAAGAUGGGUUGCCCUGCAAGUGAUGCCCAGGACUCGAGCCGAGGGGCAAGAUGCCUGGUCUGAGACGUGUGCUUGGGAACAACGUGCUAUGGAACUUUGACGCUGGCAGUGCAUGGUCAGUCUGUAAAAUACUUUUGUUCUCUUACCACCAACUCAGGGAACUAAGAGUCCUUAGUUGGAGAGUCCUUUCCAGGCCUUGGCUAGCCGGCAGAAAUCUCUUGCCCGCCCCCCCCCCCCUCUGAUAACAGCCUCUGUGAAUGUUCAGAUCUGCUUUUCAGCUAAGGACACAGUGACUUGGUGGAUGUCACAAGCUUUCAUCUGCCCUUGGAGCCCUGCUGAACCCCCAGGGGGCUCAGGGGGUAGAUGAGAGAAGCCUAGAAAAUGCAGACUUUGAAAGCUCCCAUUUGUAAAAACAAAAUGCUUCUAAAGUCCCCUUUUUUCUCCCUUGUCACACCCCCACCCCCUGUGGCCAUGACCAGAAGACAGGAUUUGAAGCUAGAAAUGGGAUACCUGGUUUCCCAUCCUCCCACCCCGAGCCAGUUGGGGUGAUUCCCUCUGUGCAUCUGAACAUGGGGCGGGUGGGGGUCGGCUGGGGGCUGGAGGGCAGGCAAGGCCUGGACAGGGGCCCGGGGCUGUGCACUCAGGCUGGUUGUGCGAAAAACUCCCUCCCUCCCCUCCUCUCGACCUCCUCCUGGAUGGAUCCCGGGGCCCAGUGCAGCACACCCUUUCCCCUUCACUCUCCCUUGGUUACUAUGGAAACAAGGGUGUCAUUGAUGUGGGCUGAGCCGGGGAACAUGUCGGCGCACAGCUGAAAGUCAGCGACCAUGCCGGUGGGUAGAAAUGUGCCGGGGUGAGAGAAGUCCGCGCUCCGGAAACUGCUGGAAGGACACAGUCCUGCCCCCUCCCUUCCUCUCUCCCGUUCUCUCUCUCCUGGCUUCUGACAGAUUUCUUUAUUCCCCUCUGGGCUAAAGCGGUGGCUAUUUUUGUGCCAUUCUCUGCCCCACCCUCACUGUCGGCCGCUCCUUAUCCGGGCCUGGCCUGGAGGGUGACACGGUGUCACCCUCUCCAGGACUUGUCCCUUAAUUCCCGUCAGAGUUUGCUUUGAUUUCUCCUUCCUUCUCAGGGGCCAGUUCUUACUUCCUUUUAUUUUUAGCUCUGCACUCUGUGUGGUUUCAGGGUUCAGUCUGAUCCAUCGAAAGUUCUUUUUUUCCCUAGUCCCUUUUGAAAACGAUAAUCAAAGAAAUGGACGUGGUAUUUGGUCAUGUGGAAAAUUCAAUGUAUAAUUUAGAUGUCUGUCAAAACUCCGACAAAUAAAACUUAGCCGAAAUGAA